AUGCCUAAUCCAUCUUACAAAUGCACUGUUUGUGCGAAAUUCUUCGCAAUUGCUGAAGAUGGCGUUAGGUAUACAGUUUGUAAUAUUUACUUGCACAAAGAUUGUCCGAAAGCAACAAGCCCGAGUGCGAAAAAUUACUGCAAAACUUGUUUGCUGGCUCGAUCUAAAGGAAAUAGAAAUUAUGUCGCUUUUGGUAGCGUAACUCCAAUCGAUGAGUCCGCGGCCAGCGAUUUGACCUCAUCGAGAGACGUUGUCGCUCCUUCAUCAGAGUCAUUUGAAUGCUUAAAAAAAGAAGUAUCAUCCCUACGCAACAUUAUUAUAAACUUUAAAUCUGCAAUAUCUUCUCAACUUACCAGCGCAAUCGCUUCAUUCAAUAGUAGAAUGAAAAUUAUGGAGUCUAGAAUAUCGAAUCUCGAAGAGAGUGUUGGUAAUCAGAACAUCGACUACCAGCAUAGCUGUGACAGUAAUGAUGAAGUCGAAUCACUGAAAAGACGCCUGAAUGUUUCCGAACACCAAUGUCUCAUAAACGACGUGGGGAUCUCAGGAGUUUUCGAGGCAAAUGGCGAAAAUACGGAGCACGACGCAAUUACGUUAGCUCAAAAAAUAAAGAGUUUCGCUUGCCGAGCCCGAUAUAAUCUGCGCUUACCGCGCCGGUCCCCUCAAUACUACUGA